AUGAACAAAUCAAAUAGAUCCAAAAGAACUAGUCAAUCAAUCUUAGCUUUUCCAACUUCUAAUAAAAGAACAACAUGUAAAGUAUGUGAGAUGACCUACAAUUUACAUAUCCCAAGUGAUAAAGAAAUUCAUAAUAAAUAUCAUACAAAUUUCGUUAAUGGAAUAAUAUGGCCAAUUACAUUAAUUGAAAAUGGUUUAGAUAACUUUACAUUAUUAUUCAAAUCUCCUUCCAAAUCAACCAAACGUGAAACAAUUCGAGCGUCAAUCUUUACAAUUGAUAAGAAUAAUAAAAAGCAAGUUCAAAAAGUAGAUCAACUCCUAGGGAUGGUCAAUAAGGAAUUAAAUGCUGCUGAUGAUUCCAAACAAUGGAAAAAUAUCGCCUUUGAAUCAAGUAAAGCAUUCGUAGCUGUCAUAUACAAUAAAGCCGUUGGAUUAUGUACAACUGAUUUAAUUGAUUCAGAAGAAAAUAGUAAAUGGAUGAUUCAUAGUACGCAAACAAUAGUACCUAAUCAAACAAAUCCUCGAGCCAAGAUUGGUAUUUCCAGAAUUUGGAUCGCACCUAAAUGGAGGCAAUAUGGUAUUGCCACACGAUUAUUGAAUAUAGUAAUGGAAAAUUCAAUCUAUGGAGUUCGAUUAAUGAAAUCACAAAUUGCAUUUAGUCAGCCAAGUACAAAUGGAGGAUUGUUGGCGAAAUCAUUCAAUGGAGUUGUUCAUAAAAAAUCAGGCGAGAUAUUAAUACCAGUAUAUAUAGAAAAUUAA